AUGUCUACUUCCCAAGACAUCGCUGCCACUGAUACCGGCACCAUGUUGCAAGGCGACAGUGACAGAGAUGCGUCCUGGUCGUCCGAUCGCGCCUCCUGCCCUCAGGUUCCCCAGACCGACCAAGAACUCGACAAACCCCCUGUUCUCCUGAACUACACUCUGGACCCUGAAGACAUGCUCGACAACUUCCAGGGUAAUCUAUCUCUUCUCUACCGUGCUCUUGCGCACUUGGUCCUCGCCCACGGAACAGUCGACGCCCUCUACCACGCCUUCCGCGCCGUCGCAACCGCCCGUAAGGGCACUCAAAACUCCAGCAAUCAAUCCGAUCACGAGGAGAUUGUCGAAGUACUUGCUCUCGCAGAGGAGAUCGUCCAGGAAAUGCUAGAUCGUGGCUUCGGACAAGCUGCUGCUCAGACCGUCAAUGUCACUCAGACUUGCAUCAUCAAGUAUGAUCCAGUCCGCGAUGUACCUGAGUCGCAGAUACCUCGUACACCCCGCAGAUCGCUGCGCCCCAGAGGCCCGACGGCUCCCAAGUUCUCCAAACAGAAGUCUCCCCAGAAGGCUACCUCGCCUCAGAAGAACAGAUCUCCCCGCAGGAACCAAGCACCUCAAAAGCGCAAAGUCGCCGCCGCCUAUGAUGUGCCCAAGGAUCUCUACUACACUAUCCGUGGCAUUCUAGAUGAACACGAGACUGGCUAUCUCGUUGAUUGGGAAAACAUCGGCUCGCAGUCCUUCUCGCCUACUUGGGAGCCCAAGGGCAACGUCACCGACCUCGCCAUCGGAGUCUGGGAAGAAGAGAAGAAGAAGAUUAAGAACAGAUGA